UGUGUGUCUUCUCGUGGCUCGGUGUGGUUUGACUGGUUUCCUCCUGCAGGACUUUUUGAUUUCGGUGCGCUCUCAGUCACCAGCAGAAUGGAUGAAUACCGUUUUUGAAACACAACUCCACCGUGAAGUGAGAUCCUUGUUUUUUUUAUUUGUUCUAUUACCUGCACUUUGUUUCCCUCUGAAGUUGAAUCUCAGUCUAAAAGCGCUCUGGUUGGAUGGUGCAGAAUGUGGACGGCAACACAAGACGUGCGUAAAGCGCCUGAAGUGGACGCGAGGAAGUGCCAAGUGUGGGGCUGCUGAGAAUGUGGCGGGGACACCACGGGGCGACUGGGCUGCAACUUUCCUGAGCUUGGAGAGGUUUUUUGGGCGCAACAAGAGCGGAACGUGUCCAUGCUGUGCGUAAAGGUCCCGCACCAUUCAGCUGCAGUUGGCAAAUCAGCGCAUGAAGUCAUGUCAUCUUUGGCUUUAAAUUAAACCACGUGAAUAAUCAAUAGAAGAGGACAACUCCACAUUUAUGACACAGUUUAGAAAGAAAAUCCACUGGAUCACAUUUAACCCAUCAAUCCUCACUCAGGUUAUCUGACUCCCCCCGCUCCGAUCCAGUUCCCUUCUUUCUUUCUUUUUUUUUUUUUCCUUUUUGCAAUUCUGAUUCCCGAAGUGGCUCCGAAGUGGUGUUGCGGCUCCUCGUCCCCGGCGGAUCCGGAGAUCGGAGUCUCUGCACCGGGAGGAGGCGGAGCCGGAGCUCCGGCACCAGCGCACGCUCCCAAGAGCGGCCGCGUCAAGAGGAUGGUGCGUCUGGCGGCGGAACUGCUGCUGCUCCUGGGACUCCUUCUCCUCACCUUGCACAUCACGGUGCUGCGGAGCAGUCCGCUGCCGCAGGGAAAUGUCACUCUGAGCCUGGAUCAGGACACAGCACUUACAGAGCAGAACAACAUAAACGUAAAAAGCAGUUCCACGGCACAUCUAGCUCCUGAAGACCGGCGGUCUGGUCCAGAACACCGGUUGGCCCUGCCCUGGGCACAAGGCAGCAACGUACACAGGGACGGCCCUGGCACUUUCAUCCUAGAUCUGCACAAUUUCCCUGACCUCUCCAAAGCCGACAUCAAUGGACAGAAUCCCAACAUACAGGUGACCAUUGAAGUGGUGGAUGGACUGGAGGGCCAAGAGCCAGAGAAAGGCCUCCGCAAGGAAAGCAAACCCAACUGGGCUUCUCCUAACUGGAGAAACUGGUGGCCUCGUACUUCGUCGUCCUCUUCCACUACUACUACACAUCAAACAGAGGAGCAUGAUCGCUCCUACGGGAGUAACAGCGAGGACAGCAACUUCCUCAGGCCGCCGGCAGACUGGGACAGGAGAGGAGGCACCGGGGGAGGAAGCAAAGCUCAAGCUGAAUAUGACUAUAUGGAUGGAGAGGGUGACUGGAGUAACUGGUCAGCGUGCAGUGUAACCUGCGGAAACGGCAACCAGAAGAGGACCAGGUCAUGCGGUUAUGCCUGCACGGCCACAGAAUCCAGGACUUGCGACAUGCCCAACUGUCCAGGUAUCGAGGAUGCCUUCAAGACAGCAGCGACUGAAGUCAGCCUGUUAGCUGGAACAGAUGAGUUCAAUGCCACAGAACUCUUUGGUGUCGACACAGACAGCUGUGAGCGAUGGAUGAACUGCAAGAGCGAAUUCCUGAAGAAGUACAUGACCAAGGUGGCAAAUGACCUUCCCAGCUGCCCUUGCUCUUACCCAACUGAGGUGGCAUACAGCACAGCGGACGUACACGACGCCCCCACCCGCAAAGAUUUCCGUUGGAAAGACGCAAGCGGACCAAAAGAGAAACUGGAGAUCUACAAACCCACUGCGCGUUACUGCAUACGUUCCAUGCUGACGCUGGAGUCCACCACGCUGGCCGCGCAGCACUGCUGCUACGAUGACAACAUGAAGCUCAUCACUCGUGGGAAAGGGGCCGGCACACCCAACCUCAUUAGCACAGAGUUCUCAGCUGACCUGCACUAUAAGGUGGACAUCCUGCCCUGGAUCAUCUGCAAAGGGGACUGGAGCCGCUACAACCAGGCCAGGCCGCCAAACAAUGGGCAGAAAUGUCCCGACAACCCUCAGGAUGAGGACUACUACAAACAGUUUGAAGAAGCAAGGGAAUUCUAACUCAAACAGAGUGAAAGGAAAAAAGAACACUGCUCAAAUAUUCAGCUAAAAUGGGGCUAAAUAACAAAUGAACUUUUAGGCUCUAAGGAACAUAACUUCACUGCUCUGAUGAACCAAGAGGAAUAAAAACCCUUACUUUGUCACAAGGAACUUUUCUUGACUUAACCAAAACAGGCACAAAAUAAUGCUUUGUUUUUAAUCUUUUUUUAAGAAAGUAUGUAAGAAAGUAAUUGUGUUGCCAAUUAUAACUCAGUCAGAUUUGGUCAAUAAAGGGAGAAGCAAUUUUGGUAUUCUUAAAAAGGGAAGCAUAUUAUUCUAGGAAUGUCCAUUUAGAUUGUGUCCGUGUUGCAAUGAAUCUGAGAGGCCUAUGAUUAUAGAAAAAUGAGUGUGUUGGGGUGGGGGGUGGGAACAGAGAACAGGGUAUGAAACAUUUUCUCCCAUUUUUGUCAAUUGCAAUAUCCAGGUUCUCAUGUAAGCUUGUGACUAUGUUUAUUUAGCAUGCACAUUUUUUAACAACCAUCUCCCUUGUGUCUCAGAGGCAGAUCAUUGUAAAAAGCCUGCAUUAUUUUUGUAAAGUAUUUAUUAAGCUGUAGCUGCGUCUGAGUUGGGCACCUACAAUUGUGGUUUCUGAUUCACACACUGAAUGCCAACUUGAGAUCUCUCGCUAGCCCAAACUUUGCCAUCAAUGUGCAUAUCCCCGUCUCAAGUUAGGAUUAAACCAUGAUUGACCGUAAAGAAUGUGUGAAUUCAACUGUAUGGAAAGACUUUUUUCAAAAUAUAAAUCUAUGAAUAAAUUUUUGUAAAUGCCUAUGAAUGUUUUGCAAGAAGAAAAUAUGUGUAUGUCUGAUAUUCAAAGUAAACAUUGAUAUUUCAAGCAGACGUUUUAUCAGCUGCUAU